GGGUUCCUAUGUAUCUCUCUCUAUUUAACUUCUCAUUUUGCGCCGCCCAACAGCUUCUGCGUCAUCCCCCGAAGAAGGCUUCUCUCCUUGUUAACUCGGCGUCGUGAAAAUGGUUGCUGCAAAGAAGACGAAGAAGUCCCAUGAGGGAAUCAACAGCAGGUUGGCUCUGGUCAUGAAGAGUGGAAAAUACACUCUUGGCUACAAAUCUGUUCUCAAGUCCCUUCGCAGCUCCAAAGGUAAGUUGAUUCUUAUCUCUAGUAACUGCCCACCGUUGAGGAGAUCAGAGAUUGAGUACUACGCUAUGCUUGCUAAAGUUGGUGUUCAUCACUACAAUGGCAACAAUGUUGAUUUGGGCACUGCUUGUGGAAAGUACUUCCGUGUUUCUUGUCUCAGCAUUGUUGAUCCUGGUGAUUCCGACAUCAUCAAGUCUCUUCCUGGAGACCAGUGAUUGUCGUUUUUGAUCGAGCCGUGUUGUGUUUUUUUUUUUUGUUAUCCUAUCUUAUCUGUUUUAUGAAAACUCUUUCGAAGAUUGUUAGGUUGUUUUUGGUUUCUAAACUACUUAUGGUUAAUGAUAAUUUGGUUUCUGAAUCCCUUAUGGUUGGUUCAUGAUAUUAUCGCCUCGCUAUUCAAAU